UGAGCGAACCCGCGUUUUAUUGGUCAUUUUGAAUUUCCUGCUUGUUUGUAAUGUCUGAGCUCUGAAUGUGUGAAAGUGGAAUCGCAGACUGAUUUUGUGCUACAUUGUUUACUCCCACUAUUUUGGGGAAACGCGUAAAUGAAAAAGGUGGAAGUGUCAUAUUUCUCUGAACGUUAGGCUGCAAGAAUGCAGAACGAUAUUCAGGGAAAAGAAAAUGAUGGAACAAUCCCGAAACCAAGGAAAUUAUGGAUUGAUUCAACACCAUUUACACCUGAAGGAUAUGAAAACGAGAGUUCUGUCUUGGUUGAGUCAUCUCCUCCGAGGGUAAAACUGAUCCAUUUUUCAACGAAACCUAUUGUUGAUUUUGGAACUGUGAAAACAGGAAAAACAGUGACAAGAAAACUUGUUGUGGAAAAUCCAAACUACUAUGAAGUGGAAGUCAAUGUGGAAAAAUUUCCUUGGAAGAAAAAUUUCUCGAUUGAUCAGGAAACUUUCAAUGUAGGGGAAGAAGGAAUCAAUUAUGUGGAAAUUACUUGGACGCCGACACAGAGUGGAAAUUGCAGAGAAUUAGUGAUGAUGAAGUAUGAUUCUGGAUUUCGAGUACAUGUUCUUAUCAUUGGACAUGCCGAAUCACCUAAGAAAAAGGUCAAAACUAGAACAAGAAGAGGAGCUGCCGCUAAAAAGUUACCGAGGAGAAGUAUUAAGAAUGAUUUGAGCAAAUUGAGUUCCAUGAAUGAUACAGAGAAUAUAGAUCCACAAAAAAGCAUUUCUUCACGAACAUCAAUUAGUCAGGACAGUGUUUUAGUAUCGCAAAGUAGCCCAAGCUCAAAUAAAACAAAAUGCCUCCAGAAAAAUGAUGAUGUGACUCUUCCUGUUUUGGAAGAAAAACAAGACUUCAGUAAUUUGAGAAAUGCUCUUCUACCUUUUCAUGUUGUUAGUGAUAAUCCCAGAGAUUCAUGUGGAAGCAUUACAGCACCUACAUCACCAAGCGGUCUGGAUGCCCCUGUUAUUGAGCAUCAUUCGCUUGCGCCAAGUCCUUUGGCAAGAGAUAAAAGUGUUGUCAGCAAAAGUACUGAUCACCAUCCUGAGCCACAUCAAAUCACAUACAAUAUUGAUUCUUCAAUCGCUGGUAACUCUAUUGGACCUUCAUCCCCCUUUAAACAACAAGAAACGACUGGCAGGCCUACUUAUAUUUUACCUGCUGCUAAUCAAACUAGACAAAUAUUGAAUCCAUUGUUGUCAACUCCUUUUACACCAUCAAAUAAUCAAAAAUUAGGCAGUGGAAACCUCACUCCUCGUUCUCACAGAAGGUCACGUACUUUCACUAAAAAGGAGCCUGUAAUUGCAAAAGAUGAGAAAACAGAGGUGAACAUGCUGGAUUAUGCUUUGUCCGUCAUCAAACGACCCACAACUGCAAAACCAGAAAAUUUUGAAGUAGAAAACAACUCAAGCCCAGAAGAUGACAGUUUGGAAGAUAUCAAAUCUUGUUGUACUGAAGUUAACCCUUCUACUCAUGAUAUCCCUGACAUUGAAAUCACCGAAGAUAAUCCUACUGAUGUCAAUAUAACAAGUAAUUUACCGAGUGAUGAGAUUUCGGAAAGACUCAGCAGCACACAAGCACUCGAUCGUACUAGUCAUGAUGGAGCAGUCGGAUUGCCUGUUCCUGAUAUAUCUGUUAUAUCUUUGCAUUCUCCAAUGAAAAGUAGAAAAAGAAAAUCACCGAAACUCUCUCCAUCAUUGAACAAACGUCGGUCAAUGGCUGUUGGAAUGUCAAGAAGACCUUCUUUAUCUUCAAAUUGUACAGAUACUACAGUAACUAAACCAUCCGGUACCAGAGUACGAAGAAACAGUGGUGCUUAUGGAACACCUAAAGGAAGAGCACUUCAGCGUUUCAGAGCUGCGAGGGCAAGUGAGACAAUGCCGAUUCAUAAGGCUGCUGGUACGUCAGCUAAAAAGCGUAGAUCAAGUGUGAACAAGGUACCGAAGCAAAUCAAACAAGAGAAAUCAUCUUCACAACAUCUGACUAAACGUUCUUUGUCAUCAUCUGUGAAUGAAGCACAAAAAAUUGCCAUGAAAAGAUUGAAAAUGAAAGCACCUAUCACUCGCCUUGUUUUGAAACCGAGUAACAAAACCUUGACACAGACACCAGAAUCUUCAACAAUGGUUGUUCGUAUGCCGUUUGCUUCUGGUAAUAUGUAUUACGAUGAAAAAUGGAGAAAAAAACAAGAACAUGCAUACAUGACAUGGCUCAACUAUAUUCUUACACCUGAUGAAUUUAAAUCAGAUCUCGAGUCUAAAGAUAAUACAUUGUCAUCUUCUAAAGGCAAAUAUAAAACAUUACAACACUCGGAUAUUUUCACUCACAACAUAGAUAAGUCAGUUCCAGCUCCUUCAAAAGAAACUGCCUCGCUUCGAGUAUUUCGAAUAAGAUCUAGAUUGGAUAGACUGAGACGAUCUGCGUGUCAACUUUUCCAGUCUGAAUCGAUGAUAAACGUAGUCCGAAAAGUAGAGGAAGCCGUUGAAAGUGGUCAUGUUAAGUUACGAGAUGAUAAAAGACUGUGGGCUGACGUUGGCAACAAAACUCUUGUUUUGGAUUUGAUAUUGAGUUUUCAUCCAUUGUGGUUGCGAGUUUGCUUAGAAGUUGUUUUCGGAGAAAUAUUACCGAUUCAUGCCAACACUGACAUCGUAGGACUCGGCAAAUUUGUUCUUAAAAAGCUACUCAAUUGUACUCUGAUUGCUGAGGAGUUUGCUCAUCCUACUGUUCCUCACUCAUUUAAACCUGGGUAUAAAGAAAAAAUCUCGAAGCAUACACUGAAAAAAUUUCUUAUUUUAAUCUAUUUCCUUGACCAAGCGAAACAGAAACGUCUGAUCGACCAUGAUCCGUGUUUGUUUCGAAAAGAGAGUAAAUUUCGCAAUUGUCGGGACAUUCUUCAUUCAUUUUCACGAGAUCUGUUGAAAGGUGAAGGAGAUAUUGUAAAACAUUUGUCUUAUCUUGGAUACAAAGUGAAUUACAACCAAACAUUUAUUGAUGAGUUUGAAUUUGGUAUCAAAAAUAUCGCCAUUGAUUUGAGGGAUGGAGUGAGAUUGGUUCGAAUUGUUGAAUUAUUGUUUCAUCAGCAUGAUCUUACACCUAAACUUCGUGUUCCUGCUACAAGCUUAUUUCAGAAGAAACACAACGUUGCAAUUGCAUUAAAAGCCCUCGAAUCUCAUGGUGUCAGCAUGAAUGAUGGUGCUGGGAAGAAAAUUGAAUCUGAUCAUGUCGUUAGAGGACAUUGCGAAAUGACAUUAGCAUUGCUAUGGAAUAUUGCUUCAUAUUUUCAGCUCGAGAAAGGUGUCAACAAAGUUCAACUGAGAGAUGAAAUCGAAUAUUUGAAAAAGAACCUGCGAUUAAAACAUAUGAUGGAAAAGACGAGGAAUUUUUAUGAAGAACAAGACCGGUUUUUAUCUCGUGUUUCAAAAUCUGAUGACAACACUUUUCUUCUUUUGGAAUGGUGUCGGCUCGUUUGUGCUUUAAAAUCAAUCCCUGUUCAUAACUUUGGAGCUUCUUUUUCCGACGGCAGAGUCCUGGCUUGCUUGAUAUCUUAUUAUCAGUCGAAUCUCAUUUCUCCGUCGCAAAUUUUUAUGAAAACUAUGCAGAGCAGAAGUGACCCUGAUCCUACGCUUGAUGAUUCUGCUUUCGUACAAUCGAUGGUUAUCGAGGAAGAAAUUGAUCGAGCACAAUUGAUGAAAAAUGAAAAGUCAAAUUUGAAGCUUGUGCAGAGCGCAGCCUAUGAAAUUGGUGGAAUUCCAAAUCUGCUUCGAAUGGAUGACAUUUGCAAUACAAUACCAGAUGACAAAGUUGUAAAACUUCUUGUUUCGUUUCUGUGUACUCGACUUCUCGAUAUCAGCAUUGAGGACAAAGCCGCUCGUACUAUUCAAAUUGCAUGGCGAGCUUACAUGUAUCGAAAAAGAGUUCUUGAAGAAAAGCGACUCGCUGAGGAAGAGAGAUUCAAACGAAAUAGAGCAGCGUCCAUCAUACAAGCUUAUUAUAAAAGAUAUAAGCAAAGAAAACAAUUCAAACAAUACAAAGAUGCCACACUGAUAAUACAAAGAAUAUGGAGAAUGAAAAAAAUGAUUCAUCCACAAAGAAAAGAGUUUCUGAAACUGAAAUCUGCUGUUAUCUUAAUUCAGUCACUCUACAGGGCAAAGAAGGCAAUGAAACUUGUCGCACAAUUGAAACAAGAACAAAUCGAACGUGUUGCCGCUGCUUUGAAAAUCCAACAUUAUUGGCGAGGUGCAGUGAUGCGGAAAGAUUAUCUUAAAAAGAAGAAAAGUGCAAUCAUAAUUCAAAAUUGGUUUCGAAAUCUACGAGCAGCAAGAUCGCAAAGAUCUGAAUAUUUAGCUUAUAAAUCUGCAGUGAUGAAAGUCCAAAUACAAUGGAGAGCGACAUUGGAAAUGAGAAAGCAAGUUGCUAUAUACUCUACUAAAAGAGAGGCAGCCAUCUUGAUUCAGAAUGUCUUCAGGCAAUAUGCUGCGAACAAACGAGUAAAUGCUGUUGUUUGCAUCCAAAGAAAAUGGCGUGCAAUCUUGUUAAUGCGAGAAUUCAGAUCACAGUAUUUACUUCAAAAAUCUGCAACAAUCAAAAUUCAAUGCGCUGUUAAAUGUUUCUUAGCGAGAAAAACGCUCGAACGUGUUAGAAAACAACAAAAAGCUGCUUUCAUCAUUCAAGCUUAUUUGAAAGCUUAUUUACUGAUGAAAAAUGAAAGAAAUCGUUACAUUGCAAUAAGAAAAGCUACGAUUGUAAUACAAUGCUCAUGGAGAUGUUUUCUUGCUAAACGGAAAGUAGAAAAGAUUCGAAAAAUACAAUCUGCCGCUUCGCUUAUUCAAACGAGAUGGAGGGCUCGUAUUUUAAUGAAGAAAGAAAAGUCAAUUUUUGCUUUAAAAAAGAGUUCUGCGGUCAAAGUACAAUGCGCAUGGAGAUGCUAUCUUGCGAAAAAAGUUGCAAAUGAAAAGCGGAAACGUCGUUCUGCCGCUCGUGUAAUUCAAAUCCGAUGGAAAGCUACACUUCUGAUGAAAAACAGAAAAAGGAAUAUGACGAAGCUUAGGUCCAUUAUUCUAAUGCAAAGUUGUCUCAGGUCGUGCUUGGCCAAAACAAAAGUAAAAAUUUUAAGAAAGCGAAUAUCUUCCGCGAUGAUUAUUCAACAAAUAUGGCGAAGCAUUAUCCAAAUGAGAAAAGAGAGGCAAAAUUAUGUGAUAAUGAAGAAAUCCGCGAUCAAAAUUCAAUGCUUUUUCAGAGGUUUCCUAGCUAGAACGAAAACAACGGAAUUGCGAAAGCAACACAAGGCUGCUGUAGUAAUACAGCGUCAAUGGAAAGCUUAUAUUGCCAUGAAAAAACAAAAGAAAAAUUUUUGCGAAAUAAAAGACGCUACUAUUUUAUUUCAAUGUGCAUGGAGACGCAUUUUGGCGAAUAGAAGAGCGACUUUGCUGAGAAAACGAUUGAGUGCUUCAAUUGUAAUUCAAAAACAUUGGAAAGCUACUCUUGAAAUGCGCAACGUAAGAAAACACUAUUUGGAAAAGAAGAAAGCUGCUAUUGUGAUUCAAUGUGCUUUGAGAUGUUUCAUGGCCAGAAUAAAGUUAGUGCAUAUGAGAAGGAAAUAUUCCGCAAUUUUGUACAUUCAACAGAAAUGGAAAUCUACAAUUUUGAUGAGAAGUGAAAGAAAGGAAUUUUUGCAAAAGAUAACUGCAGCUAUUGUUAUACAAUGUGCUUUGAGAUGUUACGUAGCGCGAAACGAAUUGAUGAAACUGAGAAAAAGACAAAAUGCAACUCUCGUGUUACAAAAAAAAUGGAGAGCCACACUUCUCAUGAAAAAAGAGAAAGAACGAUAUACGGAAAAGAAAAAGGCAGCGGUCACAAUUCAGUGCACAUGGAGAGUUUUCGCUGCUAAAACUGAACUUGAAACAUUGAGAUGUAGACAUAACGCUGCUAUUGUUAUUCAAAGAAAAUGGAGAGCAACAUUACAAAUGCGAGAAGAAAAACUCGAAUAUUUGAGAAUAAAAAAUUCAGUAAUCACAAUUCAAUGUUUCUGGAGAUGCCUCGUUGCGAAAGGAUUUUUUUUGUGUAAAAAGGAAGCUACGACUGUUCUACAAUGUGCUUUUAGAUGUUAUGUAGCAAGAAAAAAGUACAAGAAAUUAUAUGACAGAAAAAACGCAGUUUUGGUUAUUCAAAGAAGAUGGAGGGCUACUGUAUUAAUGAUAAAACAGAGGAAAGAGUAUGUAUUGAAGAAAAGAUCUGCGAUUGUCAUUCAAUGUUUUUGGAGAUGUUAUUUAGCAAAGACACAACUUUCAGAAUUACGGAAACGAUACAACGCUGUUGUUUUGUUACAACAAAAAUGGAGCGCUACUCUUCUGAUGAAAAAAGAAAGAAACGAGUUUAUGAAAAAGAGAAAUGCAAUUGUCAUUAUUCAGUCGUUAUGGAGGCGAAUACUUGCUCAAAAAAUUUUUGCUCGUAUAAAGAAAUUGCUCAUAUCUGUAAAUAUAAUCCAAGUAAAAUGGAGAGCAACUAUGGCCAUGAAAGAACUAAAAAUGCUUUAUGUGGAAAAGAAAAAAUCUGCUAUUAUUAUUCAGUGUUUUUAUAGAUGUGUACUUGCUAAAAGGGUGUUGAAAGAAUUGAGAAAUAGAAACAAUGUUGCAAAAAUAAUCCAAGAAAGAUGGCAAGGAAUCGUCAAAAUGAAAAAAGAACGAUCAGUAUUCUUGAAUAAGAAGAAUGCUGCUAUUUCUAUUCAGGGUUUCUGGAGAGUAUACAUUGCUAAAAAAGAAUUAGCAAAACUACGCAAAAGGUCCAAAGCAGCAUCAGUCAUUCAAAACUGGUGUAAAACUACAAUUUUUAUGAUAAAAGAAAAAAGGCGAUUUUCUGCAAUGAAAAAUGCAGCCAGCGUCAUUCAACGUUCCUGGAGAUGUUUUUCAGCCAAAAAAACACUCCAUGUACUUCGAAAGCAACUGUAUUAUGCUAAAGUUAUUCAAAAACGUUGGAAGGCAACUCUUGACAUGAGAGAACUCAAAAGAAAAUACGUUGAAAUGAAAACUGCUACCCUAACAAUUCAAUGCUGGUGGAGACGUGUAUUGGCUAUUCAGGAGCGUGCCCGACUCGUGCGACGGCACAAUGCUGCUGUCGUAAUACAAAGAAAAUGGAGAGCAACACUUUGCAUGAAAGAUGUAAAAAAUGGAUUCUUAAAAAUGAAAUCAGCUGCUAUUGUUAUUCAAUGUUCAUGGAGAUGCUAUGUAGCGAGACUGGAACGCAAGAAACGUUUUAUACUUUUUAAAGCAGUUGUAAUCAUACAAGAAAAAUGGAAAGCGACUUUGAUAAAAAACAAGCAACGCAAGGCUUUUUGUGAUAAAAAAGCAGCUGCCAUUACUAUUCAAUGCAAUUGGAGACGCGUAUUAGCCUCACGAAAAGUUGAUAGUAUGAGAAACGAACUAUCUGCUGCCAAAUUCAUCCAACAGAAAUGGCGAGCUACUCUGGCUAUGCGGAAAGUGCGCAAGGAAUUCAUUGAAAAGAAACAAGCAGCAAUCAUAAUCCAGACUAUCUUCAGAUCGAUAUUAGCUAAGCGGAAAGUUUUGAACAUGAGAAAGCAAAGAAUCGCUGCAUGCUAUAUUCAAGCAAAAUGGAGGGCUACUUUAAUGAUGAGGGCUGAUAAGAUAUCGUUUAUUGAAAAAAGACAAGCCGCGGUAGCAAUACAAAGCAUCUGGAGAAGUGUUUUGGCUAGAAGACAAUUAGCGCUUAUGAGGAAACAAUGGAAUGCUGCUUCAGUCAUCCAACACAAAUGGAAAGCUACACGUCUUAUGAAACAAUAUAGAAAGCAGUUUAUCGAGAUGAAAAUGGCUGCUGUAACCAUACAAUGUUUCUGGAGAUGUUUCCUGGCUAAGAAAGAGUUAUCUGCUUUACAGUAUAAGAUGAAAAAAGUGCUAAUUAUCCAAAAUCGAUGGAGAGCGAUUAUUCACAUGAAAAAACAAAGAAAGGAAUUCCUAGGAAUUAAAAAAGCAGUUCUUGUUAUUCAAAACGCUUGGCGGAAUUUUAUAGUUAAAAAAGAGGAUGGCAAAAUUCUGUCAGCUGCCCUGGUGAUACAAAGAAGAUGGCGAGCUAACAAAUAUAUGAAAACGACCAGAUCUGUUUAUACCAAGAAAAAAAGAUGCGCCAUCAUAAUUCAACGAGCCUGGAGACAACAUUUAGCAUCGAGAAGAGCCGUGCAGAUUCAAAAACAGAUUGAGGCCGCACGAACAAUUCAGCAAAUAUGGAGAGCUAAAACGCUAAUGAAAGAAGCUCGUGAAAAUUUCUUAGCAAAACAGUUAUCUGCUGUUAAUAUACAAUCAGCUUGGAGAUGUCAUUUCUCCAAACGACGAUACAUUGUGAUGAAACAAAGUGUAAAAGUUAUACAAGCAAAAUGGAGAGCCACAGUUGAAAUGAGGAAAACGAGAGAUGAGUUUAUUCGGAUGAAAAAGGCAACGAUUUGUAUUCAAUCUUUCUGGAGAGGUUAUAAGGCUAAAGUGAAAGAAGCACAAAUGAAAAAAGUGCUUGAUGCUGUUAAAAUUAUUCAAACAAGAUGGAAAAGCACUCUUCUAAUGAAGAAAGAAAGGCGAGAAUAUUUGAGACAACAAACGGCCGCUGUUGUUAUUCAAAAUCACUUUCGAUGCCUUUACGCAAAAGGUCAACUAACAAAAAUGCAAAAGAGAAGAAACGCAGUAUUGCUCAUUCAAAGGAUUUGGAAAUCUGUUUUGCUUCGUAAUAGAGAAAGAAAUGAAGUUUUAAAGAAACGUAAAGCUGCGAUUAAAUUGCAAUGCGCUUUCAGAAGUUUUGUAGCAAAACGAACCGUCGAUGAUCUAAGAAAGAAAAAUCAUGCAGCUAUCAUACUUCAGAGUAAAUGGAGAUAUAUAGCUUUGAUGAAGAGGGAGAUGAGGAAUUUCCAUCUCAAGAAAGAAGCUAUUCUAACAAUUCAAAGAGUUUACAGAGGGUAUUUGGUUCGGAAAUCGAUCACAAAUAAUAAGGUUCUUCGUGUCCGACGUAAAUGUGAGCUAGCUUUUCAUCAUGCACGUAACAAUCCGAAUCGGAAAAUAUCAAAUCGCAUGGAUUCUGUAUUGUCAACAUUAUUGGAUUCAAAAGCAUAUGACCAAGUUUAUGCUACAUUGGAAGAUAUAUAUUCAUUGUCACAUCUUCUGCCUUAUUGUUGUGAAAGAAUUUCAAAUGCUGGUGGAAUCGAAGUUCUUUGUGAAUUGAUUGGGAAUUCUAAUAGAAGCAUCCAUGCAGCCUUUGUCUAUAAAUUCUCUAUCAAUAUUCUAUUGAACUUAGUCCAGAAUCCAUCGACAAGACACAACACAUGUCGUAUCAUGGCCACAACCGACCCCAAACAUGAUAGCGCACCAGUAGAACUUCUUGUCAAUCUGCUGCCUCGAUUUCGCGAUAAAAGUGGUCGAGAUCCUGUGCAAUUAUUAGUGUUUUCUGCAACUUGCUCCGUGCUUAUAGAAUUUUGUAGAGAUGAAAGAAAUAUUGAAAUUCUCAAAUCAAAAUCAAAAUCUGUUGAUAUGAUACGGUAUGUCAAUAAAGAGAUGAUGAUCAAAAUGAAAACUAAGGCUCAUAGAACUGAGGAAUGUAGACGCAAAAGACAAAGAGAUACAACUGGAUAUUUGUCAUUGUCAUCCGCCAUUUCUGCACCUCAUACGAGCAGCAGUCAACAUAAUUUUCUUGAUGUUUCGACAAGAGAAACAAGUUUUAUUUGUAACAUGGAAAUGAAGCGAUCGUCAACACCAAAAUCAAAACAGAAUAAGAAAAAUGCUGAAAACUGUGACCCAUCUAAACAACCCGCUAGAAACCUAUCUACCAAAAAAAUUGUUUCAAAUUUAUUUGGUAGUGAAGGAAUAUCAGCUGCGCCACCAAAAGUGAGACAGACAUUGCUGACACAGAGGACCGCUUGGAACACUAAUGUUCCGUUCCAUAGAUCCAGGAAAGUCACUAAACCUCAUUCACCCAAAUUUCAAGGUGCAAGAUUGAAAAAGAUUGCAGGAAUGCAGAAAAUUAAAGCCAUUCAUCCAAUUAGUGAAGAAAAUAAUAAAGCUGGUCCAUCAAGUGUAAUUGGGAAAGACGAAAAUCCGAGCAAAGAAGUCAUAGAGCCUAUAAAUUUGAAAUCUAUCGCUUAUGAUGAUUCAGAUCCACUCAGUUGCAUCAAUACAUUGAUUGAGCUUCUCACUUGAUUCAGAACAGUACCUUCUCCGUAACCUAUCUGAUUUUCUAUUAAUCGGGUUGGGGUAACAUCCAUUUGAUAAUGUUGUAUAUAUAUUUUCUGAUUCUAAGUUUAUUUUCAGUAACUCAUUAGUAAAAAUGUAUAUCAUGUCAUUAUGAAUUGUGUUACACAUUAGUAGAACAGUUGGUAUUUGUAUGCUGAUAAUCUGUACAACUUAAAAAGAUAUUAAAAAAACAUUGAAAAGAUUUAAUGACAGAGCUCAGAUUUCACGUUAUUGAUCAAAUUCCAAAGUUCACAACAUCAUUCAAUCAUCAUGAUGAAAAAUAUUUCAACAUCUUUUUUCUAUCACGUUGGAACAUUCUCUAAAGAGAACACUACUUUUGUGCAAAGCGUCCAAGAUAACUGAAAAAUUUGCGGUAAAAUGUUACACAGACGGAAGUUCAGGUGUUGGAAAUUUUUUCUUCAUUUUGUUGAAAUAAUUACAAAACUUAUACUUAUGUUUUUUGUAUCCCCUGGAAACUCAUUGCACGACAUAUUAGCUGUUUUUUUUGAUGUUCGUGAUAAAUCAAUCAUAAUUUUCAAAUAUUAACUGCUCAAAUAUAUCAAUCAUUCUAGAAUAUCUUCUUCUUUUCUAAUUGACAACUGCCAUGUUUCGGUAGUUCUACACAGACAUUGUUACUCUGAAUCUUUACUUUCUCUUUGGGAUGUUCUUUGUCAAUAUCACAGAUUUUGAUUUUGUGAAAUUCUUCAAAAUUAGUUCUUGUUGAAUAGAUUGUGAUUUUUUUGUUUGAAUUGUUGUCCAUAUUAACUUUAUCUAUGAUUUAUUAGGGGUGUAAAAAUGCUGUCCUGUUUGGUUUCGUCACAAUAAAUUACAUUUGCUGCCAAUGUUA